AUGGAUGUGGAGCCGGAGCUGCAGCUACGGAUCCGGAGCUUCCAGGAUGCUUUCAUUCUGCGCUCUGGCGGCCCCAUGCUCAUUGGUCGGAAGGACUGCGACAUCGAGGUGAAGCAUCCCUCGGUCUCCGCUCGCCACGCCUCCAUCGAGUUUGCGCCGCUCGCCGAGGAUGGUCUUUCGCCCCAGGUGCUGGUGACGGAUCUGAGCUCCACCAACGGUACCUUUGCCGGGGAGCAGCCUGCCGGAACCCGGGUCCCGCCGGAAGGAGCCAGGCUGGUGAUCGGCAACUACCUCCGCUUCGGCUUCUGCCCCUUCAUCUACCGCCUGGAGGCCGUGCCUCGCGCCGGCCUGGAGACUGAGGCUGCGAGUUCCAGCCGCGCCGAAAGGCGACAACAGCAACUGCAGUUUGCCGAGACGUCCUACCUGGGAUGGCUCACGCAGGUCAGAGAGGAGUACGCUGCUCGAGACAAAGCCGAAGUAGGCGCGCCGGCGUCGCCCAGCCCAUCUCUGCAGGAGUUGGAGGCCACCUGCACCGCCUUCCUGCAGCGGCCGCUGUCCAGGAGUUUGGCCGGGCCGGCGAGGUGCGGCAGCGCGGUGAGCCGCUCCAGCGGUCUGAGCUACACGCUGGCGCCGAGGCCCGCCACCAUCGCCGGCACCAGCGAGGUGCAGGUGGACACCCUGGACGGCGUGGAGCCCUCCCAGGCCGAGAUUGAGGAGGAGGUGGAGCGGCUGGCAGGUCGGUCCUGGGAGGUCUGCAGCAUCCUGCGCCCGCCGCUGUCCUCCGCUGCAGACCUGGAAGCGGUGGAGGGCCAGAUUCAGGAGGGCCUCACCUUCAUCACGGAGUCCCUGCCCAGAUUGGCCGCGGAACUGGGCCAGGCCAUGCUGGGCGCCAGCUUCCAGGGGCUCCUGGCGCGGGGCGCGGUGUCUGCCCCGGGCCACGCCGGCCGCGAGCGCUUAUCCUCGGACGCUCUGGGCGCGGGCAGUGAGGUGAGCAAGCUGGUGCUUGCAGCCGAGCAGCUCAUUGGUCUGCUGAGAGUCAAGAUUGAAGACGACGCCGACUUGGCGCUGGCGCGCACGGUGCUGGAGGACUCCAGCCGCUUCUUCGCCGACCUGGAGCUGUGCGCCAAGCUUGGGGCCCCCAGGGCGAUGCCGUCCCAACGCGGGGAACGUGCGCGUUGA